CUUCUUGGCACCUUCUUGAUUGCAGUGAUGUGACAUAGUACAUAUAGUCUCUCACUUCAGCAUUAUUCCAAAGCUUCGCUGAGACUCUAAACUAUUCUAGCGAACUAGAUUCUGUCCCAUCAUUAAUAAAUCCACGGGUCGUACUAUGAAAACAUAAAUUUUCUCUGACCUAGCAGUAUAUCGGGUCCGGGAGUCGGACAUCUCCGCGGCGGCAAUGCCAUGGCAAGGGCCUGGCCAAGUUUAGCAUCAUGAUUGGCCUGGCAGUGGCCACGGCUGGCAGGUAAACUCGGCAUGGCUGGUGCAUUCGGGUGGGCACAGUUCGAUUCUCAAAAGAGUCUGAGUCUAAGACUUCGGUUCACAGCCGUUCACUUGAAUUCGGGCUAUGUCCAUCACAACCUGCCAAGUUAUCUCGCCUCGGGCCGUAUCGGCACUGCAUCCUUCACAUGGUCGCCUCGGUCGAACAGAAGGGAGCACAUAGUAUACCGCCAUACUCGUACUACUCGUUCAUGCUGGACCGUCAUGAUCAAUCAUCCAUACGGCGCUGCGUCGAGUUACAUGUACGCCAACGUGGACAAUAGUUACAGCCAAUCUUAUGUGUCGCCUCCCCCAGAUCACCUCUACAGCUUCGUACCGAGGUUUUCAGUCGAUUCCAUGCCAUGGUACGGAGCCACUGAGUACUCACCUACUUCAAAUAUAAACUAUAACCGAGAUUCUCUACCAUUUCGAUGGACAGUUCGGGUAUGUCUCCAGAGAACUCUGUACUACACCUGUUCAGAAUACUGUCUUCCCCAGGAACGUGCUUGUCAGUUGUUUAAAGGAGUGCAGUCGAAAGUGAGGAUUAGAUGGCGGCCGCUUCAUUUACGAUCCCUGUUUUUACGCCCUUGUCACUAUGAUGUCCGUGAUGACCCAGAUAUCUAUUUCUAGUUAUUUAACGAUGCUCUCGAACUUCUAGGCUGAACUGUCACUGUAUCUGCAAUAUGUAAUUUUAUGAUGACCUUGGAGCGGUGUCCACCUGUGUGCGUCUCAUGUGGUCCCCUCGUGCUAGGGCGCAAACGUGAAACCCAUUGCACUGCUGCGCCUUCUCGAGGCCGACUACCUUUUGGAACCUCUCUGCUCCGUCUCUUACAACAUGCUGCCGAGUUCCCACUCCACAAUAUAAUACGCUAUACAUCUCAGGUAAAAUUGAACUGUGUUAUGACCAUCGUGGGA